CAACCAGUCGAAGCUCAGCUCUGAGCCCGGUCGGUUGUGUUAUCGCAGCCUAUUGUAAAUCUUCUCUUAACUUUAACCAGACUAUUUAUUAGUUAUUAUUAUCGUUUUCUUCCAAUAACACAAAACAAUAAUUCAAAAUGCGUCGAGUAGACGCUUUUGCUGUCAUCACUUUCGUGGCUAUCGGUGGUAUCCUACAAAUGGCGGAACUAGUCAAGUGUGAGGGUCAAUACACUAUCGUUGGACCUGGAACUAUACACUCGCAUCGUGAUUACAAUGUGGCUGUUGCCGUUCACAAUACUAAGGAGCCAGUCACACUGAAAGUUGGCAUUACAGGACCUUCGCACAAUGAGACACAAACAGUGGAGCUCGCCAAGCCCGAUGAGUUCAAGCAGAUUACCUUCAGUUUGCCCCCGCUGAAGUCUGGUGACUAUAAUCUUACAGCGGAGGGUGUGUCGGGAUUGGAGUUCAAAAAUACUACAAAGCUGGAGUGGGCUGAGUUCAAGGCCUAUGUAAAGAUACAAACCGACAAGGGAAAGUAUAAGCCAGGCGAUACUAUCAACUAUCGUGUGCUCUUCUUAGAUGAGAACUUGAAGCCAGAUAAGGCCGAUGAUAAUGUGGUCGUGUGGUUCGAGGACUCAAAGCGUAAUCGUAUUAAGGAGGAAAAACACAUCAAGACGCGAAGUGGUGUCUAUACAGGCAAAUUUGUACUCUCUGAAUUUGCCACAUUGGGCAGCUGGUCACUUAUUGCUCAGAAUGGAGGAUCCUACUAUUCAGAUGAGCGCGUUUACUUUGAUGUGGAGAAGUAUGUUCUGCCGAAGUACUCGAUUAGUAUGGACGCCACGCAGUCAGUGUCGGUCAAGGAUGGUGACAUGCAGGUCGUGGUCCGAGCCAAUUACACCUACGGCAAGCCGGUGAACGGAAAAGUUCUACUUAAUUUGCAUACGGAUGAGUCGAGCACAUGGAGCAAUGUGGAUGGAAAGACAGUGCGCACAGAUACUCCCGGUUAUGCCAUCAUCAGGACUGCAGAUAUGGUCAACGGCAAGGCAAAGUUUGAUAUAAAUGUGAAAGAAUUCGAAAAUCAUUUGCCCUACAAGACCUCGGCGACGUAUGCUCAGAUUUUGGCUACUGUUGAGGAGGACUUUACCGGUGUGAAGCUCAAUGAAACUGGUGGUACUUUGAUCUAUCCCUACCGCUACGAGAUGACGUGCACGGAUUACAGUAGCUGCUACUCAUUUGUUCCCGACAAGGAGCAUGAAAUUAUUUUCAAGAUCACACUCGUAGAUGGUACUCUUCUGCAGGACACUAAAGGUGUGGUAAAGGUCAAAUUCACCGAGGGUAUACGUCAUAGAAUAUAUGGGGAUGAGUCGGAAUUGCCUAAGAUCGAGAAGGAACCCUUGUUCUUUGAGACUCACCUCAACGAAUCAAGUUUGGCUGUUUUCAAGGUCGUCUUACCUGAUCUACCAGACAUGGAGAAUUUCACACGUUACUACAAGAUCGAGCUGAAUUAUGGCGGCGAAGAUCGUGAACUUUACACCACCUAUCCCUACAGGGAGCCCAAAAAAAUUGAAAACCCUGAAGAGGAAAAGGAGAAGGAAUGGUUCAAGGUUGAUGUGCAGAGACCCAAGGACACCUGGAGUCUUAAGAUUGGGCAGGAGUAUCAGGUUACUCUGAAUUCGAGCAGACCCCUCAACUACUUUGUGUACAAUAUUAUUGGACGUGGCAAUGUGCUACACACGGAACGUGUGGAGCUCAGUGAACCCCAGAAGGUUUACAAUAUCACUCUGACGCCAUCAUUUAUCACAUCACCCAAUGGUCGCAUUUAUGUUUACUAUGUGGAUGACACUGGUGAAUUCCGUUACGCUGAGGAGAGUUUCCACGUCGAGGUGGAACUCCAGAACCAGAUCAAUGUUACUGCUCCGGAGGAGGUGAAACCAGGCGCAGAAGUUGAGUUGGAGAUCAAGACGGCUCCUCAGUCGUUUGUUGGUCUAUUGGCUGUGGAUAAGAGCGUCUUGCUAUUGGGCAACAACAAUGAUCUGAGACAUGAUACGUUCAACUGGCGUCUAAGUCGCUACGACACAAGCACUCCUUGGCAAGGUGGUUACUCCUAUUAUCCUGGUGAACGCAGCGGAGUUGUCACAAUGACGAACGCUAAUUUCUUUUACAAUCGUACGGCGCCCGUUUAUUACCCACGUAAGACGAAAUUACGUGGUGUCAUGCGCAAGACAGGUGUCUUACAUAGUGUCCAAACCACCAGUGCCGCCUUCGGUGCAGCUGCUCCCGUGGCCGACGCAGUUGGCGGUUUUGCUGAAACUGCAGCAGCUGCACCUGCGGCGCCUGUGGUCCGCAGGAACUUUGUGGAAACGUGGCUGUUUGAAGACAUUGAGGAGACCAAAUCCGAGAUUUUCAAGUGGGUCAGGAAGAUUCCCGAUACCAUUACAAGCUGGGUGCUCACCGCUUUUGCUGUGCAUCCCGAGAAGGGACUGGCCGUAACCAAUGAUCAACUGAACAUUAAGACAUUCCAGCCAUUCUUUGUAUCCAUUCGCUUGCCCUACUCCGUGAAGCGUGGCGAAGUCAUCAGUGUGCCCGCCCUGGUCUUCAACUACCUACCCAAGCAGCUGGACGUGGAGGUUGUACUCAACAACGAGGACAAUGAAUACGAGUUUGUGGAUGUCUCCAACGAAGUUAUUGACGAACAGAAGCGUUCGCAGACAGUACGAGUGGGUGCCAACGCUGCAGCUGGUGUUUCCUUCCUGGUGCGUCCCAAGAUCAUUGGCAACAUACUGCUCAAGUUUACGGCCAUUUCCCCUGUGGCAGGCGAUGCUGUGCACAAGACUCUGAAGGUGGUGCCUGAAGGUGUUACAGAGUACAGAAACCGCGCUUUCUUCGUCAAUCUGAAGGAUGCUGGUGAGCACAAAGAUAGCUUUGAACUGGAAUUGCCAGAAGAUAUUGUACCGGACUCACAGCAUGUGGAAUUUGGCUUAGUCGGCGAUCUGCUUGGUCCCGUGAUUAAGAAUCUAGAGCGUCUGCUGCAUUUGCCCAGCGGCUGUGGUGAGCAGACAAUGUCCAAGUUGGUACCCAACUAUCUGGUGCAUGACUACCUGAAGAGCAUUAAGAAGCUGACACCCGAGCUGGACGCUCGCAUUAAGCGUAACUUGGAGCAGGGCUAUCAACACAUGUUCCAUUAUCGUCACGACGAUGGCAGCUAUAGCUCGUUUGGUCCCGGCAAGUGGCGCGAGGAGGAUCCAGAUCGCAAUGGAUCCACCUGGCUGACUGCCUAUGUGUUACGUUCGUUUAGCCAGAUCAAGGACAUCAUUAAGGUGGACGAGAAACAACUGGAACAAGGCUUUGAGUUCCUACUCACUCGCCAGGCCGAGAACGGCAGCUUUACUGAGACAGGCGAAUACUUCUAUGGCUCAACCCGUUCAGGACUUACGCUCACGGCCAACGCACUGCUCGCCUUGUUGGAACAGGAGAAGCCCAACCAAGAGGCUAUUGACAAGGCUGUUGCCUAUUUGAGCGCCAAUACUAAUGAAAAAGAAUCGGUAGAGCUUUUGCCUCGAGCCAUUGCCACCUAUGCUCUGCAGAAGGCCAAGGCCCCGGAUGCUGCCAAGCAUGUGGCGGCGAUUAAGGCCCUAGCCAAGACUGAAGAUGAUCGUACUUGGUGGUCCGACGAUGUGGAGAAGCUGAGGCCCGGUAGAUGUGGUCGCUGGUGGUGCUGGAUCUGGAGUCACGACAUCGAAAUCACCUCAUACGCACUGCUCACAUUGCUCGAAGAGGAGUCUCCCGAGUCGGUACUCGAUUCGAUCCGUUGGCUGGUGGCUCAGCGUAAUAGCUACGGUGGUUUUGCCUCCACUCAGGAUACAGUGACCGGUCUGCAGGCUCUGAUUCAGUUCGCCAAGAAGUCUGGUUAUGAGGCAGCCAAGUGGGAUCUGAGCGUUUCCAAUCAAGGCCAGCGCGAAAAGACCGAGAAGCUUACUGUCAACGAGGAGAAUGAUUUGUUGCUCCAAACCGUAGAGUUUCCCCAGGGCACCAAGUCAUUGACUUAUGAGGCCAAGGGCACGGGUGCAGCCUUGGUUCAAAUCAGCUAUCAGUAUAAUAUCGUCGAAAAGGAUCCAAAGCCGAGUUUCAAGAUUCAAACGAUCAUUAAGCCAGAGACCACCAAGUCAAAGCUGGAGUUGAGCGUGUGCGUGGAGUACGUAGAAGAGGGCAAAGCGAAGGCUUCCAAUAUGGCCAUAUUGGAAGUAUCACUGCCCUCCGGCUACACUGUCGAAGAGGACAGCUUUAAGGAGAUCCAGGAGAUUGAGCGCGUCAGGCUGGUUGAAACCAAGAAUGACGACUCUGUGGUGGUCAUCUAUUUUGAGAGCCUGCCUAAGGGUGAGCUCAAGUGCGUGCCCAUCGAAGCGUUCAAGACCCACGCAGUAGCCAAUCAGAAGCCCUCUCCAGUCGUUCUCUAUGACUACUACGAUAACAACAAGAAAGCCACUGAUUACUAUCAGGUGGAAUCGAAACUUUGCGAUAUCUGUGAAGGCGACGAUUGUACCGCCAAGUGUUAGACGAGAUUUUUUCCUAUUUGCGAAUAGGAAUAAAUUCAAUUCUGAUAAAUUAAAUAAACUGUUGUGAUCAUAAUGUA